AUGAUAACAGACAGUCCCUCUCAAAAACGUUCAAAUAAGGAGAACUCUCCAAAAUACCUCUCUAUCACUCGUUAAAGCAAUAUCUCACAUAAAAUAAUCAAUGAAGUGUUGAAUAGUGGAUCUGACUAUCUAUAAGAUUAAAUGGAAUAGAUUGAUAUAAAAAUCAUGCAAUAUCAAUAUAACAUUAAAUAAAAGAUUACUACACUUUUAAAUGAAUCAUCAACAUCUUUAGAUUAAUCAAUUUAUCAAAAAAAACUAUAGGAAUUAAGGAUUGAGGAAUAAAAGUAUGAUCUCUCAAUAAAUUAGUUCUUAGCAAAUGUAAAACGAUUUAGAUAGACAAUAAACAAUUGUAUAUGAUUACUAUGAAAAUGAAUUUAAUAAACUCAAAACACAAUAUGAAUAGAUUAAUUAGGAACAUCAAUAUUUUGUUAAAGAGCGCAAUAAUUUUUAAGAAGUUUAUAAUUAGUAUUUAGAAACCAAAGCACUAUUAUAAGAAGAUUUAAAUGGUAAAUUAUUAUAAAGAGCUGAACUUGUUGGUUAAAAAGAAGAACUUGAAGAGUUUGUUGAAUAAGUUAAAAAUGAAAAUCCUUAACUCACAGAAUUAGUUGAAUAAAUUUAUAAUUGCAAUUAAAAAGCAUAAGAUAUCGAUUAAAAUAUAUUAAAUUUAACUAACACUAUUUAAAUGUUAUAAUAAUAACAAGAAAAUAAAAAAAGAUAAUUAGCAUCAUUUCAUUAAACAACAUUACUUGAAGUUUAGUGUCAUUAAUAAAAUUAAAAAGUGAAAGCUUUAAGAAAUAAAAUUGUACCUAUAUAAAAAAGUUUAAAUUUAUAACAUCCUGAUUCAAUCCUUAAUGAAUUUAUUAAUUCUUUUGGAGGUUCCUCAUUUUAAAUAGAAUCUAUUGAAUUUUAAGCUAAAUUAUAAACAUUUACUUAAUAAUUUAGAAAUAAUUUAUUUAAAUAAGGUAAUUAAAGUAAUAAUUGGGGAAGUAUGAAGGAAUUUGUUAUUUAAUUAGAAACAUUCAUUUUAGCAUCACUUUAAUAAAAAUUAAUUCAAAAUCAACUAUCAGUAAGUAGUUUAUAAAUAUAUUAUAGGAUAUGAAGUGUUCUUUAAAAUAACAUGGAGAUGAAUUUUAAUUAUCUAAUGAUGUAUGUUCAAUUGAUUAUUAAGUUGAAGUUAAGAAAUAAUAAAUUAGAGAAUUUUAAGAUGAUAAAUCUUCAUUAGAUUAUAAAAGAGAAAUGUAUUUAAUAUUAUUCAAAUUUAGGUUUUAUGAAUAAUUUCAAGAAAGAAUUCGAUAAUAAACAGAAGAUGCUUUUCUUUAAUAUUAAGAAUAAAAUGAAGAAAAUUUAAAUCAUAUUAAAUAAUAAUAUGGGAAUGUUGAAUAUAAAUCAAUUCUUGAUUAAACUUAUAAAGAAAUGUAAGAGUUGAUGUAGGAUUAAGAAGAAGUAAUAAAAAUAUAUAAUAUUUUAGGAAUAAUUUAAUAAUACAAUGAAAUUAAUUUCAAAGUAUUACCUUUAAGAUUAAGCUAUAAAAAUUAAUAUAUAAAUGGUUGAUUAAGAAAUACUUCCAUAAUUGAAAAAUAUUGUAUAAUAAAUUUAGAAAGCCAAAAAAGAUUUAGAAAGAGUAAGUGGAAAUGAGAAACCAUUUUUUGAUAAAUAAAAUAAAGUAGAAUAGGAAAUUUAAGCAUUAGAAUAAGAAUUUAAGAAAAAGAUUGAGUAAUUUAAUAUAUAAGAAACGGAUAUCUAAAAAUAAUUAAGUACUGUUAAAUAAGCAAUAGAAAAUACUUAAGAAUAACUAUUAUCAAAAAAUAAACCUAAUAAAGCAUUAUUAGAAUAAGAAAUAUUAUAAUUAAAUAAUCUAUUAACUUAAUUAUAGGAAUAGAAAAAAUAAUUAGAAGGAGUUUAAUUUUAAUUUAGUAAAUCACCAUAAAGAGUAGAUGCAAGUAGAAAAAGUUCAAAUGGAGGUAUAUUAGCAAUAUCAAAAUCAUUAAAUUAAUUUACAAAAAUGAGAAAAGAACCUACAGUUAAUAGUUUUAACAAUAGUGUAGUCAAAGGUAUUACACCAACAAAAGAUGCAUCUAAUCUAUAUUUGAUAAAUAAAUUUGUAAAACAAUCAACCUGUAGGUCUUCCUAAGAAUUUAGACUUAAAUCAAACAUUUCAAUCAAAUAGAUUAAAUGA